AAGCGCUCUGCCUCCGGGCCAGCUUGACAAUGACGSCAGGAAUGGCGGCUAUGAUUACUAGAGGAAGGAGCCCCAAGACCCUGAAACUUUACUUCUAACGGCCCAGCCGAGGAGUCUACCUCGGGCCGGGAUCGGAACCACCAUCCUGUCGCAGAUCCGGGGGAGAAGAAGUCCUGUACCUCGAGAUCAACGCGGCUGAUGCCCACAUCGAGGAGGCGGACGCACUUUGCUAGUUUAGCCUUCUGUUCGAGCCGCUGACUUUGAUUCAAGGUAGCCGUGUUAGCGGUUGGCCACUUUGGCUUGGCUGCCCAACAAGUUAACUAACUGUGUGAAAGCUAUCAUCGGCUGGGUAGCCGUGCAGGGGUCAGCGUCGUUUACCAGGAUACAAUAYUAGGGACGCUCGCGGAGCACAGUUUUACUGCUAACCUCACCGUUAGCCGACUUGGGAUCCUGAAGUCUCAUCCGUUUUCGGAUCCUGCCCCAGCCAUUGGCUAAGGGGGCUAAUCAACGGCCAGCUAGUCCGCUUUCCUGCUUCACUCGGUGCGACGAUGGAAAGCUUAACGCUGAGUGAUGUCGAGCAGAAAUACUACUCGGAUCUUUUCGUCUACUGCGACACGGACAACACCAAAAAAGUGGCUUCUAAUGGGAGAGUUCUUGACCUUUUCCGGGCGGCCCAGCUCCCCAGUGAAGUUGUCCUGCAGAGCCAGUUCUACAUCGCGUUGAAGCUCAUCGCCAUCGCCCAGUCUGGGCUGCCGCUCAGGGUGGAAAGCCUCAAUUCAGUCAAAGAUCUGCCGCUGCCCAGGUUCGUGGUGGGGAAGAACGAGGCAGAAGCGAGGCACGCUGCCCUGUACCAGGACGCAGACAGCCAAGGCUUGUACCCGGCGCCCGGAACUGCUUUAAUACCCAGACCGCCGGGCCGGGGUCAGCAGAACAAGAAAGGCCCCCCUUCCUCCACUUCACUUCCUGCCCACGAGGUCAUCCAGCCCCUGGCGCCCAGCAUAGAUGCUCAGCCCGAACCGACAUCCCCAGUCAUCUCCCCGCACCAGUCCCCCCCCACGUCCCCUCACUCUUGGAGAAAGCACAAACGGCAACACAGCGGAGGGAACGCAGACAGGCAACAAGUGGUGGCUGCAACCGGAGCUGUGUGGACGCAGUUCAGAGAACCACAAACAGGGCCAGKGACCGGUGAUGGCAUGUGGUCGUCUCACUCGCCCCCUCCUCCGCUUCCCCCAAGCCAGGAAAGCUGGGUCAGUUUCACAGCAGACACCCCGCCCUCCAGCACGCUCCCAGCAAUGCACCCGUCAUCGGUCCAGGAAAGCACAACGAUACGAACCGUGGCCUCGGCUGCGACGACCAACGAGAUCCAGCGACAGUCCAGCUGCUACGACGAUCCCUGGAAAAUCACAGACGAGCAGAGACAGUAUUACAUCAACCAGUUCAAAACCAUUCAACCGGACCUCACUGGCUUAAUACCUGGUUCAGCCGCGAAAGAGUUUUUCACUAAAUCAAAGCUACCGAUUUUAGAGCUGUCACAUAUUUGGGAACUGUCGGACUUCGAUAAAGACGGAGCUCUGACCCUGGACGAGUUCUGCGCGGCCUUUCACCUCGUCGUGGCCAGAAAAAACGGCUACGACCUUCCAGAGAAACUUCCAGAAAGCCUCAUGCCGAAGCUGAUUGAUCUGGACGACUCAGCAGAAGUUCCUGAGCCGGCGGCUGAAGUCGGGUACUCGGCUUCGCCGGUGGAGGUGACCCCCAACAAAUCGCCCUCCAUGCCUUCGCUCAACCAGGCCUGGCCAGAGAUGAACCAGAGCAGCGAGCAGUGGGAGACGUUUAGCGAGCGCUCCUCCAGCUCACAAACUCUGACCCAAUUUGACUCUAACAUUGCACCAGCUGACCCUGACACGGCCAUCGUUCACCCAGUUCCCAUCCGGAUGACUCCCAGUAAGAUUCACAUGCAGGAGAUGGAGCUGAAGAGGACGGGCAGCGAUCAUAACCAUCCUACCAGUCCGCUGCUGGCAAAACCCCCAGAACUGUCCGAAGAAACCAAACUGCCUCCUUCCAUGAAGUUUGUGGCUGCCAACACCGUCGGUGAUGGUUACAGCAGCUCCGACUCGUUCACGUCAGAUCAGGAGCCAAUCACCAGGCAAAGGUCUCAGUCCGGUGCGUCUCCAGAGGCGCUGAAGGUCGUAGCCCCGCCCCCUCCGCCUCCUCGCCCCCAGCAGUCCCACUCUCGCUCGUCGUCUUUGGACAUGAAUCGCACCUUCGCUGCCCCGGCGGCACCAGGCCAGCCCCAGCCGUCUGCGAUAGCGUUUCCUCCUGCGGUGCCGCCUCGACCGCUGCCCACACAGUCGUCGGUACCGCUCACUGGGCAUCGUGUGGAGGCAGAGGGUGUCCCUGCAGGGGGCGCUGUUCUCACCACCACCUCCCCGCAGCAGAUUCCUCAGCAACCCAACUUCGCCGACUUCAGCCAGUUUCAGGCGUUUGCUGCGUCUGAGCAGCCGUCCAGCCUGCCGGACAUUGACAAGCACAGCGAGGCGGGACAGGCGGACAAGAUAUCAGAGGGAGCCGGCCCUUUAAGAACAGUGAAAAGUGACGGCCCAGCAGAUGAGAGAACGUCGGCUACAGUCAACUCUGCCAAGGGUUCGUCGGGCCCUCUGGCUCCGCCACCAAAGCCCGUUCGGCGGCGGUUGAAGUCUGAGGACGAGCUCCGACCCGAAGACGAGCAGAUCGGACCCCAGAAAGCCGGCGCCAUCGCUGCGCCCCUCACCUCUCAGCCCUCCAUCCCCAGAUCGGUUGGAAAGGACAAAAAGGCGAUUCAAGCUUCCAUCAGAAGGAACAAGGAGACAAACACAGUACUGGCUCGACUCAACAGUGAACUACAGCAACAACUGAAGGAUCUGCUGGAGGAGAGGAUAUCCCUGGAAGUGCAGCUGGAGCAGCUCCGGCCUUUCUCCCACCUCUAGCCGAACACGCGGAGCAGAACUCGGCCGUAGCUCCGCGGCGCUCUCCUUCCCUGCGCUCCUCUCGCCCUCCGUCGUCAUUUCCCCGGUCGGAGGCCGCCGGGCGUCCCGUUAAACGAAACCCUCUCCCUCUGAUCUGUCGCACACUCUUACCAACAAACGGAGAAGAGAGGAGCAGAUUUCACCACCCGGCACUUUUCACAUCUUUUUUUUUUUUUACUUUUGUUUGUUUUUCUGAAGAGGAUGACGAAAAAAACGCCGAAACGUGAAGACGAAACACCUGGUUUCUGACGAUGGAGAAGCCGUCUUCAGAAACAAAUCGUUGUGUUGGUGUGACUGGUUUUGUUUUUGUUCCUCUAAAAGCAGCUUAAUUAGAGGCUCGCACCAGUAAGUCCCAAUUGCAGUUUAAAAUUUGGUUAAUUUAAGGAAACAAAAACAUUUGUUUACUUUUUGAGGAAAACGGUAAAAAAUAAAUAAAUCUGGGUCAGUAAUGUUCAGAAAUAGUUUAAAAUCUGAUCAGUUUUUAUUCUAAAUACGUAAUAAAACUUUGACCAAAGAAAAAAUUUAAAUURGAGUAAGGUUCUGUGGAAACACCAUAAGCAGUUAAUAUCUUACCGUGGGUAGAUAACUCUCUUGGCGUCGUCAUUUAGCAUAAAUCUGGAUUAGCUACUGGACAGUUUAAGAACUAAAAACUUUAAAAUGAUAUUCUUAUUUCCUUUUACCAGUUGUCAGGUUUACAUUUGACGGUUAUUUACACAGAAACGGGUGUUAAUUCACAAAACAAAUCCAUGUUGGAGGUGGUGCGCCACCAAUAGUCUUCCUAUGUGAAACACGCUCUGAAAAUGCAACAGGUAAUUUAUUACUGGUCAGAGAAACUGUAAGUAAGCUCCAUAAACAGCAAGAUAUUAUAUCAGUUUGAGUUGAUGCAGUUUUAUUUUAGGUAACAAAAUGAACCAGAAAUGCUUUACAUGUUCUGUUCUCGGGGAAGAUAAUAGGGGACGGACUGCCUCCAACAUCAAUUUUCUACUUGACAAAUUUAAAGGUUCAGAAAAUAGUUUUUAAUAAAACAUUGACUUCAGCUCCAGCUAAUCUGCAUUAGCUUUAAUGCUAGGGUAACUAAAUAAAGACGGAGAGAGUCAGCUGCAGCCUGUAAGAUAUAAAAUACUCACAUUGUUUUAACUGAACUUCACUUCAAAAAACCCGAAAMAAUUAUUUUAAACACACCUGCUGUAGAUUUAGGCAGAAUUAAAAGAGAACUGACUGUUUUUAAAUAUCUACCAGCUGCAAUAAAGACUGAAAAUUGGACCGCCCAAAGUUUCUCUUGGUGCUUUUUCAUCAAAUUGACAAAUUGUGGCGCUGGCAGCUUUGUAUUUGAUUUAUAAGAACCGAAUAAAAUGUUUCCCAAGUGAGCUGGUUUCAACGACGGCAUGUCAGGGUCACUGUAGACGGAACAAAAAGAGGAGUGAAUUUCCACCAAGGAAUCUCAGAAAACUUCUAGAAAAGCAGAAAAGUUUGAAUUUGCUUGGAAAGAAAACCUGAAAGAUUGACGUUAAUCUCAGAAAUUUUCUAGAAAAAACGUGGAAAUUUCUAAGUUUCGAAAGUCAAUAAUGGAGUUUUGAAACAGAACAUUUCCAAAAAUCACAAAUUUCAAAUUUUUUUCCAUCAGAAAUUUCCAGGUUUUUUUCUAGGAAAUUUCUGACAUCUCAAAAUUUGAGGUUUUUUUCAGCAAGUUUCCAACUUUUUUUUUUUCUUUACUCCUGUAUUUUUCUAUCUGCAGCGGCGCUGAAACACUUUUGUAAAUUUGAGAGGAAAGCUGCGUCUCAUCCUGUGAUUAUGAAUUCAGUCCUUCCUGCUGCUGCCAGUCAGCUCUACGUAUAUAGAUCUAUGUGUGUGUGUGUGUGUGUGUGUGUGUGUGUGUUUUCAGGUUUGUUGUGACUGAAUGCUUCGACUCUUGAAGACUGAACUGUUUGCUCCUUCACUUCUGGUUUGAAGACGAAAACUGCACAUCCUCUUCUUUUUUCAUACUCUGUUUUCCAUCUAAAACAUUUCAGCUUUUUUAUUGUUUUUCUCCUCAAGCUGCAGGUUUGUGGGAAGUCGUUUAUAACAGGACCAGACGUUCUGUUUUGAAGAUUUUUUAUUUUAUUUUUUGGUUCAUGAAGAAACGCGUUCGCAGAUCUGAUUGGGAGUUGACUCGUGUUUGUAAAAUAAAGACGUAAAGUAAAAAUGAGCUGUUUUCCAGUCGGGCGAAGCACCGCUAUGCAACUAUGUGCGAAUCAUUUCCACAGAGCGACUUUAGCUGUUUGUUCUCCGGUCGUAGCAGCUGUGUGACCCGGUUUGUAUCGUAGCUCUUCCAGAACUCCAUCUGCUGUAUGUUUGUGGUAUUUGUCUGCCUUUUUCUGUUGGUACUGAUGAGCUUCCUUCCUCACUGUGUUCCUCGGCUCCAGAGGAGGAUUAAUUUUAUUUUUAUCUGCGAAAUGUGACCCUUUCCUGGUGGAGACCAGUCGGCCAUAUGGGAGACCUGAACGACCAAAAUGCACUUUGAACUCAUCCACUUGUUGCGUCCGUGUUUGAUUUAUUUCUAACCAGCUUCUUCUUGUCUUUUUUUUUUUUUUUACUUGGAAACUUGGAGCAUCUUGAAAUGUCUCAUUUUCUGAAUGUUUUGUAGGUGAAGCAUUGUUUUCUAAAGCCUUACUCGCCCUGAUUGGAUUGGUGUUCAGGUUUCCAUAGCGACUGAACUCUCGUUCUUUUUUUGUUUUUUCCUCCUGCUGUUGUGGAUGAUGGUGUAUUUCUCGUGUGUGUUUGUGCGCGCGCAUCGUUUGGAAACCGGAUUAAAAACCUCCCAGGAAUAUUUAAUGUUUGCUCGCACAACGGCUCCCUCCUCGUUCAACCCAAAAACAAAAUAAAAAAAGGCAAUCCAGACAGGCAGAAGCAAUCGGUCUCAUAUAAAGUCUGUGAACUUUCAGAUGCCAUUUUCUCCCCAGAUCUGUGUUGUAUAUUGUAUAUGAUACACACUUUUGGACUCACAUGUAAAUUUGCAUUAACUGCUGGCUAACAGCGGAAGAAUAUUCUAUUUAAUUCCUUCUCUCUUGGCUGUGGGAUCCUAGAUGUUUAACUGCAUGGAUGUACUGUAUCUCUGCAGAAUUAACUAGCAGCUGUGUGAUUUUUACACAAAAAUAAAAAACGGCACAAUAUUUUA